AUUAGGGAUGCCAUUGCCAAGGCCCUCUACUCUGUGCUCUUUGACUGGCUGCUGGAGCGCAUCAAUGAGUGGCUAAUCCCCACAGAGAUGGACAGCACCGUUGGCAUCGUGGACAUUUAUGGGUUUGAGGACCUCGGUGUGAACAGCUUUGAGCAACUGUGCAUCAAUUUUGCCAAUGAGCAGAUACAACAAUUCAUGAACAAGGCAAUAGUGUCACAGGAACAGGAGGAAUACAAGACUGAGCAGAUUCCAUGGUAUCCAGUGACUCUCCCGAAUUUCCAUCCCUGUUUGGAGCUCAUUUCUGCUCGGCCUUAUGGCAUCCUCCGGAUACUGGAUGACCAAACGUGUCUGCCUCAGGCUACAGACCACACCUUUCUGCAGAAAUGUCACUAUUACCAUGGCAACAGUCCCUACUAUGCCAAGCCCAAGAUUCCGCUGCCUGUCUUUACUGUGUAUCACUAUGCAGGAGCCGUUACUUACCAGGUUCACAACUUCCUGAAUAAAAACCAUAACCAAUUUCGUGCAGAAGUAUUAGAGCUCUUUGCACGCAGCAGGUUACAGAUGGUUUCAGGUCUUUUUCGUAAAGUGCAGGAACACUCCAUCCACCAGAAACAGUUGCGUGCCAGAGGGAGAGGAAACCGGCAUCAGGCCUCAACUGUAGCUGCACACUUUCAACAAUCACUCGCCGAACUCAUCACUCGACUGAACAGGUGUAAAAAUACAUUUAUUCGGUGUUUUAAGCCAAACUAUUUGAAGCUCUGUGGAAUAUUUGAUGUGGAGUACAUCACCACACAGCUAAAACAUGGAGGAAUCCUAGAGACAGUUAAAAUUAGAAAACAAGGAUUUCCUAUUCGUAUGACAUUCAAGUAUUUCAUGGAGAGGUACGGUGUGCUGUUAGCACAGCGGGAUGUGGACCUUUGUGAUAAAGAACAGGUAGUUUCCUUGCUGGAGUUCAUUGGUGCUGAGGACACUCAGUAUCAAAUAGGGUUGAACAAGGUGUUCAUGAAGGAAUCACUGUACCAGCAAAUAGAGCAGAAAUGGAGCAGCACUCAGACCUGGGCAGCCAUCACUCUUCAGAGGAACAUCCGUGGCUUUAUCUGCAGACGCAACUUCCGUUUCUUCAAGCAGAAAGCCAUUAUUCUUCAGUCCCACAUCAGGGGUCACCAGGCCAGAAAGUAUUACAAAAGACUGAAGCAGUCCUUUACGCAAUUCUGGGCAGCUAUUAUGAUUACUAGAAAUACAAUCAAGAGACGAAAGUGGAGGGAACAUAACAAGAGAACCAGAGCGAAACAGGUGGUCCAAUCAAAGUCUAUCUAUUCAGGGAUGGAUGUGGGAUUGCUGGAGAUCCCAGCUGAUCUUUCAGCUCGAUUGCGUAGCGCAGCAGGGCGUCCACAGGUGUCAGGGGUCACAGAGGUAGCUCCUCCACAGGUCAAGGCCGAGCAUCGCCUAUCCCUGCCUCCUGAUAUCGACAACUAUCCAUUCUCUCGAUAUGCCGGAACAGUUCUUAAGGAUGGAUGGUGCCAGCCUCAGGGUCAGUCCCUGCAGAGACCCCUCACCUCUCUGGAGCCAGGGGAUGCCCGCUUAGCUCUGGAGAUAUACAAACUGAUUAUCCGCUUCUGUGGAGACUCAGAGAUGACAGGAUGGCAGGAGCAGAUGUUGGGGAAUUACAUAGUGGAGAAAGGCCAGAGCAGACCUUCACUCAGGGACGAGAUCCUGGCUCAGCUAGCCUAUCACAUAUGGGGUUGUGAGGGUGAGGAAGGCUCACAAAGAGGCUGGUUUCUCCUGGCAUCCUGUCUCAGUGCCUUCACACCGUCCCCUUCACAGGAUAAAGCUCUGCUCAAGUAUGUGUCAGACCAGGGCCCAGGUGAAUAUCGUUCUCUGUGUCAGCAUAAGCUUCUCACAUCUCUCGAACUGCCACCUCCUGCCUGUAGACAACACCCACCUACGCAGCUCGAAUGGACUGCCAAUCAGAGAAAGGGGAAGAUGGUUGUUGAGGUGAACACCUUCAAUGAGGAGAAGCUAACAGCAGAAGUUGAAUCCUGGACCACAGGAGAACAACUGGCAUCCUGGCUCAUGAGCUUUAGAGGUGUGCCUGAGCUUCAGCGGGGCUGGUCCGUGUCUCUGCUAGCUGGUGAAAGCUGGUCUGAUCUAAAUGGCUGUGAGUAUGUGAUGGACCUGCUGGCUUGUGCUGAGACUGAAGUUCCAUUAGGACAAACAUCUGCACAUCCUGAUUAUCUUUUUAGUGACAUGGGUGACGGGAUGAUGGCCUCUGAGUUGGAUGACUUUAUCCCCCCGGCCCCGUCCAUGCAGGCUCCUGGCCUGCCUCCUUCUGAAGCUUCUCAGUGGGGAAAUUAUGGUCAAUACAGCACAUCUGAGGGACCCCAAGCGCCUAAGCUGGAUUCCUAUGUGGAUGACCUUUUUGAUCCUGUGCUGGAUCAGGGACCUCCAGACUUUGAGCGAACGGCCAUGCUGAAUCGCAGGAUGAGGGGAGGAGGAGGGAUGCACCCUAGCAUGUAUAGUGGAACAGGUGUUCCAAUGUCAAUGCCAGCUUAUAAUAUGGGAAUGGCCAUGAAUCCAGCCAUGCCAGCUUAUGCAGCCACACCAAUGAUGCCAAACAUGAUGGGUGGAGUUGCACAAAUGCCUAUGAUGCCACCUAUGCCAGCUAUGAUGAUGCCAGGUGCAAUGCCACAACCUUCAAUGCCCACCAGUGCUGCAGCCCUCACCCCCCAGCAGCUCGCUGAACAGCAGCAAGCUUUCAUCAACCAACAAGCGUUACUCAUGGCCCAGCAGAUGACCUUGCAGGCAAUGACACUGUCCCAACAACAGCAGCAGGAGCAGCUGCAAAAACAGCUCAAACAACAACAGCAGCAGGAGCAGCUGCAAAAACAGCUCAAACAACAACAGCAGCAGAGUCCUCAACCUCAGAGUUCACAGAGCACCAUCCCUAAAGAAGAGCCCAUUCAUACCACAGCACCUAAACCCAACAAUCCACCUGUGCAGCAUAGCAUCCCAGCGGUAGAGCAACCUACAACAGAAGGCAACACUGCCACAGCGCAGAGGCCAGAAUCCUUUUAUGAGAAGAGGGCCUUCUUUCAGAAGAUUGGAACCCAAGAAGCUAAAUCAAAGCCCCAACCGAAGGUCGCUAAACCACUUAUCUAUGCAUCUCCACCAACCAUACACGCCUUAGAUCCAUCUCCGUUGAAGCAGGAAGUGAAGCCACUUCCAGAACCUAGUAAACCACCAGAGUCACCAAAAGUGGAGCCUGAAUCCCCUCCAUUGUCACCUUCGAAACCAGAACCCAGCAGCAAUAUUCGGGAUAUUAUCCGGCAGUACCAGAACCGGCCUCCUCCGGAGCCCAAGGCUUUUGAACCUGUCAGAAUUUCUGCCAAGCACUUUGUGAAAAAAAGCGACCCAAAAGAGGAGGCACUGGCCAUUCUCAAAGUUAAAGGACCAGGUUCUUCACCGAAGAAACAAUGGGUUCCUCCUCCAGCGCAAAAAAAAGAGCCGCUGUUUCCUCAUCCUCCUCCACCACCUUCAUCUCAGGCUAAAAAGGGUCCUCGUUCUAUUUCCAACAACAUGAAACAGAAGCAGCGCUCUUUAGCUGACCUCUUUGGCUCCCAGCGCUCUCAAGCCCCUCCCAUUCCUCCUUCAGAACCUGCUCCUAUUCUCCCAAAUACCAUUCCUGACCCUCCUCCAAUGGCCGCUCCUGGACUAAAUCAGCUUCAGAGAAUGGCCAAUGAAGAGAGUGUUCGCUCUCAGCUACACAAAUUUUCAGCCAGUGUCUACUUCUCUUAUUCACGCAUGCCUGGGAAACUCUUCUUGCGAAAAGAGUUGUUCUACCCUAGAGAGAAGUUCACCCACCCAUACAUCCUGAAUUUGCUGUGUGAGCAGAUUAUGAGAGAUACCUACUCAGAUGCCUGUCUGCGAAUUUCACGUGAAGAGCGCCGUAAAAUGAAAGAUUUGCUCGCACGCUUCCAUGUUGGAACGAACAUCAGCACUGUGCCGGAUGACUCCAUGAAGAAGAGGGUUGUCAUGGCAGCCAGAGACAACUGGGCAAAUUAUUUUACACGUCUCUUCCCUGUGAAGGGUGGAAAUGGAGGCGAUACUCAGAUUGUUGGUGUUUCUCAUCGGGGCAUCAAAAUGCUGAGAAUAGUCAGGGCAUCAGGCAUAAACCCAAAACACCUCAAACUGCUCCAGAGUUACAGCUAUGCAGAAAUAUUGUCUGUGGAGCAGAAGGGUGCCGAGACCGUUUCAAUCAACUUGAAAAGCGACGAGCUGCGGCUACACUCUCCGCAAGCUCCUCAGAUUGCUCGUGUAGUGCGCCUUUUCCUCAGCGAGCUGACCAAGGGUUCCGAGUAUGUUGUUGCACUAAAGAGCUAUGUGACAGAUGACAAGAGCCUGCUUAGUUUCCAAAAAGGUGAUGUCAUCAAACUGCUGCAAAUGGAUGGCCUCCAGGAUGGAUGGAAAUUUGGCUCGACCAGAGGCCGAUCUGGUCUUUUCCCAGCUGAUAUCACUCAGCCUUCUGCACCUCCAGACUACCACAGCAUGUCAGUGGAACGUCAGAUCGAGAGGAAAAAAAGCAUAAGGAGGUCUCGCACCUCCUCGGUGGCCCCUGAUGGACGCUCGACCCGCAAUAGUAUGAGUGUGGAGUCAGUAGCCAGUGAGCGCAGUGUUGAGGUGGGGUCAGUCCGCAGCUCAGAGAUAGACCCCCAACAGUACCACAUGACUGAGUUUGCCCAGAAGUACUUCAGAGAGGCUGUUCUGAGGUCAAAUGAGAGAGGCCAACCCAGUGGACUUAGAGAGCUUGAACAGAUGGUGCAAUACACAGCAGAGCCUAUCAGUGAGUCUCUAAUCCUGUUUUCAGACAACGAGCUCAGUGUUCUGGGUGUCCAGUCUUUCAUGCACGUGAUGCAGUUUAUGAAUGACCAGCCUUUAAGGAAGGAGCAGACAGAGGACAAAUGUGCCAGUUUAAUUCUACAGCUUGGGAAAGAGAAGGAGUUUCUCCGGGAUGAGCUUUACUGCCAGAUCAUCAAACAGACCUCCAACAAUCCACACAAGGAGAGCUGUGCACGUGGCUGGCUUUUGCUAAACCUGAUCACUGGCUUCUUCCCAUGUUCCUCGACAUUACUUCCGUAUGUGAUGCGCCAUCUACAGAGAUGCAGUCAGGACUCCAACCAUCCGUACCGAGAGAAGGCUAAAGCAUGUGAGGAUAAUCUCAAGCAUUCAGUCACCUAUGGAGGACGCAGAUAUAUUCCUUCUAAUAUGGAGAUGGAAGCCAUUUUGACAGGUCGGGGCACUCGACGGUUGCCAAUUCUACUACCGGGUGAAGUGGAGUUCCCAUGCAAAGUUCGCAGCUUCAGUGUGGCGUAUGAGGUUGUGAAAGAUAUUUGCACAGAGAUGAGUGUGAAUAAUCCCGCUGAGGUGGACGAAUUCUCUCUCCUGGCCACCCGGGGACAGGAUGGACAAGUGCGUCCCAUUCACCCAGAUGAGUAUGUGUUUGACUUCCUGCUGGAUGAUGGCUCAAUCUCGCUCUCGUUCCGUCGGCUUGCCUGGAAACAUCCCUUGCAUUUUGAGAACGAACUCUACAUCGAGUUUCAUUACCAUCAGAUCGUGGCUGAUUAUCUGAGUGGGAAACUGCUCCUGCCUGGUAACAGCGCCAUACUUCAGCAGCAGGUGGCAGAGUUGGCUGCACUUCAGCACCUCGCUCUGGGAUUCGAUCAAAAGCCUACACCGCAAGAGCUUAAGCAGUACGUCCCUCUUCUGGAUGGCAUCAGUGCCAAUGAUCAAAAUCUGCACAGUGCUACACUGAGACAGUUUUCUCUCAUUGCAAAUGUCAAGUCUGCUGAAGCUAAAACACGCCUCAUCAAAACUCUCAGUUCACUGAACCUUUUUGGCUCAAACAUAUUCAUGGCUCAGAAAGUCAGCCACAAAGGAUGUCCAUCACCCUGUGUGGUGGCAGUCAACUAUGAAAGUAUCAACAUUCUUCACCCCCAAUCACAGAAGCCAGCCUUAACCAUUGCACUGGAAGAAGUGCAGUCCUUGCGCUCUGUCACUCCCAAGAAAGAAAAAGUGCCAGCGGCAGAGAUCAGCUAUGGCGACCCAUCACGUGGUAACACCAUCACAAUUUAUCUGAAACAGGCAAGGGAGCUUUGCCAUAUCAUUGCUAUAAUCAUGGACCUAAUGAGACCUUCCAGGAAUCGCACAUGAACAUUUUAGUACACCUUCAGCUUGUUGAUGAUCUAAAAAGUUAUUACUAAUGUUUAAAACAAAUUAACUUUAAAACAUAUUGUGAGCAUCUGCAAAAAAGUUCAUUGAAAAACAACGAAUAGCAAUCUGGAAUGUGAUUACUUUAAUUUAUGUCUUUUAUUCUAAAAACUUUCUCACCAACCUGAAAUGUCCCAAAUUUUAAUGAAUUUUAACUGGACUAAACUAAAUGUUUUAUAUAAAGGUGUGUUUGUGUUUAAUUAUUUACAGAAGAAUAAUAAAGGCAAGUGUAAAGCCCUUAUUUUAGAUUUCAUUAUUCUGAGAACAAAAUAAAAAAUAUAUACCUCCUUGAUAUGUCUAUUUAUGUCUUCAACACUGAAAAUAAAUAAAUAAAUAAAUAAAUAAAUAAAUAAAUAAAUAAAUAAAUAAAUGUAUAUACUGGUGAUGUA